AUGGCUGAAAAACCAAGAAGGUAAUUUCAUUUCGGGCAGUGUUUAUCCUCGAAUAACACGAAAAGUCAAUCAACCAGAAAACUCUAACCCCUCAACUAAAGAACACACUUUAGUGCAACUCGACAUGUCACACUGCCAAGUAUUGCGAAAUUUUUCAUUUUUUGUCAUACAAGGCAAGAAAGUGAUUAGUCAUUUAGUAUUGGAAUGUUGUGUUCUAUACGUAAUUUGCAAUCAGAAACGUGCAGAAAAUACAAAAAAUUUCAUUAACCAUUAACAAGCACCGUCUUCGUCCCGUUUUCUUUCCAAUUUUCAUAUUUGUCGGUCCGCUCAUUUUUUGUGUUGCCCGAGCCUGUAAAAAACACGGCCAUUUCCCUCAUUUCUUCUGUUUCUAGUUCUCGAAAUGAGCUCUCUCCAUUUUGUUCGAAAGGAAACCAACAACGGUAAUGCAUACGUUGGUCAUUACAUCGAUCUCCGAUGAAAAUGUUUGUUGUCGUGGUGUUGUUGGCGCCCUCGACGAGUGUUCGCUAGAGAACAAAGUGAGCGACGAGAGCCAACGUCUGACUGCUGGGCUACUGCCGCACCGCUCACACGCUCAUGUCUUUUCGCAUCGAUUUUUGCCCAUUGCCGAGGCCUCACUCGAUAUAACACCCGUACUAUGUUGUUUUUCUAAUAAGAUCUUCACCAAACUGACUCGAUUCGUUGCUAUGGCUUCCAUUAGACUUCAUCUCAAGCAGGCGUUCGAUUUGUUAUCAACUACCAACUUAUAACAUACAAAGCAAGAUUAUAAUAAUAGGGAAUAAACCCUUGAAUCCACACUGUUUGUUCUUCAAUACAUGUCCUUGAUAACCAUGCUCCGCUGACCUUUUACCGUCUUAUUUCUCCAUAACCCUUUUCUGUAUUCUAAUCUUUUAAGGGUCGGUAGCUCCUUAGACUAAUCUCCCAUUCAUUGCAGAAUGAGUAACGUGAGCGAGCAAGUGUCCAAGGCCGCCGAGAGCGCUCGUGAAACCGUCGCCAAAGUCGGAGAGUCCGUGUCGGACUUCUUCCAGGGAAAUCCGUUUGCCACACCGGUCGGACGAAAGAUUGGUAAGUCCCCUUUGCUCAUCACGUCUUGAAGAGAUGAAUAAGAAAGCAGCGAUAAAAAUAUUGUUGAUUGGAAGUGGCACAUCCGAAAUUGAACAACAAAGCCUAAGAAGCUGUAUGCGUAAACAUCGGCUUCCCUAAUUAUAAAGGGUGUAACAAACAUGUUUCGAUCUUUUAUUCACGAGCUGAAAAUGAGUGUUGUUCUUCGCAUCUGCCCUCAUCUCAUGUCAUCUAUCCACUUCAUGUUCUUUCUUUCAAAUUGCAAAAGGCUAGUUGCAUCUAGUUGACAACUAUGCGAGAAAGAGAAAGAACAGAAGCAAAACGCGCCCAUCUUCAGUGGGAUCCGGAUUAUUACGGAUUUUGCGGUGGUGGCACGUUCGCAUGCGAAAUUACACGUUGCGCUAGUGACCAGUCCAAGCACCACCGGCAGCCCUCUUUCUCAUCUCUUAGAUGAACCGGUUUCCGUGCGGCGAGAUGCAUUCGGGAGACGGACGGCGCCUUCGCUAGUGACACGUCGACUUGUGAAAGAGGAACUGAAAACAAAGAAAAGAAGGAAGUGGAAGGGAUGAGGGGGGAAGAUUUGGAAGGGAUGAAUUGUCGGACGUAUAAUGGGAUAGGCGAUGAAAAUUCAAUUGAACUAAUUUCAGAACUGGCUACCGAUGCGAAUCUUCUGGCUACUGAGAACUGGGGACUCAACAUGGAGAUCUGUGAUUUCAUCAAUGGAACCGAGGAAGGGUUAGAAGAAAUCUCUCGUGGGACAUUAAAACAAAAUGCAAGUUUCAGAGCUCGUGACGCGGUCCGUGCCAUCAAAAAACGUUUGCACAACGCCAUGUCCAAGAACAACGCUGUUGUCAUGUACACUUUGACGGUCCUGGAAACUGCUGUCAAAAACUGCGACCACCGCUUCCAUGUUCUGGUCUGCAGCAAGGAUUUCGUUCAGGAUCUUGUCAAGCUCAUCGGUCCAAAGUUCGAUGCUCCGCAAAUCAUACAGGAGCGUGUUCUGAGUCUGAUCCAAGCCUGGGCUGACGCUUUCCGUAAUGAUCCAACUCUUGUCGGAGUGGUUCAGUCGUACGACGACUUGAAGAGCAAGGGAGUCGAGUUCCCUGCUGCCGAUUUGGAUACUCUCGCCCCAAUCAAGACUCCUAAACGUGUAAGUGAGCUUGGAAAUCUUUUGAUGUUGUCAUGUGAAUGGUUGUGUUGUGAUUUCAGACUGUUUUUACUCAACCACCACCGCCAACGCUCGAUACCCCACCUCAACAGCCCCAACAUGAGCAGGCUCCGAUUCCGACCGCGGUAGAUGCUGUUUUGUGAUUUUAGCGAUUUCAGAUUUCGAUUUAAACUGCAAAACACAUUUAUUUUAACGCUUUUUGUUGCAGACAUAUGACGUUCUGACCAUUCGCGAGAACGGACAAGAGCCGAUUGCGGCAACUCCUACACAAUUGACCAAAUUGCGUGCCGACCUCGACGUCGUCAAUCAAAACAUCAAAGUGUUCCGCGAGACGCUCACCGACGUUGUUCCACGAAAGGAAACCGCCGAUGAGCUGCAAUUGCUCUCCGACCUGAACGACAGUUGCCGGCAGAUGCAAAAGCGCGUUUUGGAUCUCAUACGCCACGUGAGCAAUGAGGAAGUGACUUGUACGUCAUCACCCGGAGCGUUGAGAAAGAAUAGUUUUUUCAGAUGAGCUUCUUAUGGUGAAUGAUUCGUUGAACAGUGUGUUCGAGAAGUACGAGAGAUUCAUCUCGAACCGAGACGGAGAGAAACAGGCGGCUGAAGCUAGAGAUUUGAUCGAUAUGGGCGAUGGAAAGAGCUUGGGCGAGCAAUUGACUGCUCUGAGUAAGACGCGUUUCCUUCCUGGUUUUCUUUUGCUAAUUAGUGUCCUUCAGAAGUGACUUCGGCCAAUGAAGGACCGCUGGCAGCUUCUUCUUCUUCUCAAGACGCUUACAAAGCCAAUUCCGAGCCACAAACCUAUGUCGGAUUGGCCACAGCGGUCAGCAACAAGGUAGAACUUUUGCAGUUUCAAGAGAAACCGUCACAAAAACGUUUUUCAGCUUCCAACUGAUCACGAAGCCGCUGAAAUGGAGAACUGGCUGGAGACUCAGGGCGAAAAGAGUAAGGGAACGACCGGUCGACUUGAUUAUUAUUGAUUGAACUCAUAUUUUGCAGAAACCAAGGAACAAGAAGAGAACGACAAACUCUAA